GCGGAAAAUAUCUACGUGACUAUUACUUUCUUUGUCCUGGCCAGUCUUGGGUUGUUAUUUUCCUUGUGUUGUCUGUUUCUCAACAGCAUUUACCGCAAAAAAGAGUAAGUAGCAACAGCAGAUCAUAGAAGCUGUGUUAUUAUAUAACUAAAGCCGAAUCUGCCAAAGCGAACAGCCAACCCAAAAUGAGACUUAGUGCUCGCUUAUGAGAGGUAUUCAUUUACAACAACCAAACCGCAGUGGGUAUCUUGCGGAAAGAGGCCCAGAAACAUCUCUAUGGAAAAUAAUUUAUUGCAUGCAUUUUUGUGAACUUCGAAAGAAAAGUUAUAAACCGUUAGCCCCUAAAAGAUUUCGCUGUUGUUUACAGGAGAUGGUCGUUCCCGUGAGAAAACCCCUGAAUGCAGAGGUCCAGUCAACGAGUAAAUAAAACAGACUGGUACCUUCUUGCCGGAUCUCUAAAGUAGAGAUGCUAGAGCCAAAAACUGAAUGCAAGGCUGGCACUACAGCAGAGGGGUGAUUUAUUUGAGGCCAAUAUUUCGGCUAACAAAAUAAGCCUUUUCCUCAGGGCCUGAGCUAGGCUGAAAUUUGAAUUUAAAGUUACUAAGAGGUUAAUGAUAAACUAAAAUGAGAAAAAUAGAUAGCAUAAUGAUUGGUAAGUAAUCAGUCAUACAAUAAAGUGAAGUUCAACGUUCGUCCUUGCGGUUUAAACCGUGUGGUGAAAGAGUUUUGCCUCUAUUCAUGAGGUAAGCUUCUCUUGCUUUACGGCGUGACAUACUAAGUGUAGGUUGCAGUUCAAGUAGAAUAAUAUAAGUGCUAUGUCUAUGAUCGAGUGGCCAGUUUGAUUGAAGUUCGAGGGAACAGCUGUUGUGGCGUUAGCGUGGAGUGGAUUGUUCGUGGCCUGUCUGUGUCCUUUAAGGCUUUCACGAAGCGUGCGUUUAGUUUCACCUAUGUGUUGUCUUUUUAGCCGAAAUAUUGACCUCAAAUAAAUCAGCCCUUUGCCAUAUUUCCAGCCUUGCAUUCAGUUUCGUUAUCGUUUCCGUAAGGGUCAUAUUGUAAGGCUUUGACUGGGAAAAUUUUGGCCUUUUUGGGUAGGUUUUCGCUUAUUGGAGGUCGUCGCUUACGAAAUGUUUUCGCACAUGCAGCUAGACUGUAUUUGAUUUCCUUAUAUAUCAUUCAAAGCGCCAAAAAUUGAAUAAGUCCCCAGCCUCCCCUAAUUAAUUCCCCACACCUAAUCGCAAUAAUCAAGCCCCCGACCUUAAGUAAGCCUCCAGUCUACAAGUAUUGAAAAAUAAAAAGAAAGAAUAAGCCCCCAGGGAGCUAAUUAGAGUAACUAGAGUAUUCCUCAUUUGCUCAACAACAAAAGUCCGAUUCUACAGGAACGAAAUUUUCAGAACAUUGAAAAAAAAAAAAAAUGGAUUGUUCAUUCGCCUCAACGGAGUAGUACUGUUACGAGUUAAAAGCUGCUUUUUGUUUUUAGGUAUAUAAAAAUGUCGUCUCCUCAUUUCAACAACGUGACAGUAGUGGGUUGUAUGUUGUGUUACGUGGAAGUGAUCUGGUCAACGUAUAUCGACCCUUCUUCAGCAGAGCAGAAUCCCUGCCUUUGUUAUGUAAGACGUUAUCCAUUUAAUAUCUAUUUCAUUAGUGCACGUUCUUAGCGUUUUUGAAUUUUACAUCCUAUAAACUUUUUUGAGUGUUAUUGCUAUGUUCUGAAACUGUUUUUUGAUGGAGAGAACGCCAAUCUCUCGCAAAUCCUUUUCAGGUGUUGUUGUCUGAAAUACAAACUUGUGCCCAUACACUUAUGUCCAGGAUUGCACUCUGUCGCAAAAAUUUGCUACCAAUUUUUUUUCGAAUUUUUUUUUCUGCAUUAUCUUUUUUAAUUUAAACAUCUUUAUUCAGUCGUGUCUAGCUGUACUUGAGGUUAUGUAAAAAAACUGAGUUAAAAACAAAUAAGGAAAUUACCUUAAAAAUUGGAAACAUAACACCGCAGUUAAGACGAGACGUCGCCCAGGAGAAAUUUUGCGCUAUUUCUAUUUAAAGGGAAAAUAAUUUGCUUUCUGUAGCGAUGUACGAAUGAGAAGGGAAAGCCCUUUCAUUAAAUUCUGUUCUAGAGAUGUGAUCAGACAAUUACUUUUUUUGCCUGCAGAUAACUGCCUUUUUACUGUCUACCGGUUUUACUUUAGCCUUUGGUGGGAUGUUCGUGAAAACCUGGAGAAUUUAUAAAAUUUUUACCAAUACCCAACUGCGGAGAAGGGUAAGACAAGAAGGGACAACCAAUUAAGAUAGUAUGUAUUAUAAUCUAGUUUCAGUGUAUCGAAAAUGUCGGAAACGUACUGCUGAUUAAUCGCGAAAAUCACUGCAAUGUGACUAUGACCAUCAUCACUGAACACUUCCAUCUUCAUCAGCUUCGUCACUAUGAUCAUCAUAGUAUUAAAUUCAUGAUCAUCAUCAUACAACACCGUCAUGCCCAUGUAGCAUCGUCAUAAAAUCUGAUAUCAUUAACAUCGAUUAAAAUCGUCCAAAGAAUACAUAUUAAUCCUUCAAACAUCACUAUAAGACCUUCAUUACUAUUACUGUUACGCAAAAUAUGUCUCAUUGUUGUCCUCAAGGCUGGCUGUAACGAAAACGUUUUUUUUUUCUUGUUAUAGGUCGGCAAUCUGAGUAACAGAAGUCUUCUGCUCAGGAUCGUCGCUGUUUGGUUUAUUGAUGUUAUUAUUCUGUCAUGUUGGGCAGUUGUUGAUCCAAUGACGAUAAAGAAGGAAUCGAUUUUCGAGGUAAGAAAGGCAUGACUUUUAUGGGUUAUGAAAAAGCUGUCACGUUUAUUUUAAUUUUAAUGUUAAUGAUGUACCAGUGAGUAGCACACGUACAAUUCCAGUGAGCAUUUUCAGUUGGAAGAAGAAUUUUCGUGCCCCGGGUGAGAAUCGAAUUCGCCGCCCUCCGAAUACUAGAUCGGACGUUCUAACCACUGAAUCUCCAGGGCUUUAACGUUAGUGAAGCCGGAAUUCUACUAUACCAGCAGAGUGCACUACACUUCUAACUAACUGCAAGCCUCUGUAUUUCCGAACGAAAUUGCAGUCGCGACGAUCACCCUUGAUGAAGUAGAGAUUAAAGCGACUUUCACUGCCAUUUCCACCACGUUUGGCAACGUUGGUUGUGCAAUCACGACGACAAAAUACGAUUUGAUGUAAAACGAGCGGCUCAACUGUGUAAAAGGCUCGACUCUGUAAAAAUCAUUCAAUCAAACAAUGUCACCAAUGAACCUCAAUUAAUGGCCAUGACGAUAAAACGAACCGUGUCAUAAAAAUGUAACUUAAGGUAAGGUCCAACACAUUUUCCAAAAAGUAAGAAAGAGUUCGGUCCACUGCUAAAGUAUAUAAGGUAGCCUUUGGGACCUCAGAAGGCUUUUCAAGUAUGUUUAAAGUUACACACUGUUGCGCUUAUUCUUUUGGAGUCAACUAAUAAAAUUUUAAAACUAUUAGAAUACGACAAGGAUAUCUUUUUGGCCAUUUUGUAUACAGACCUCCUUCAUCAGUGGGCAGAUACCAUGGAUUUGGUAAGCCCCUCUUUCCCUUUCUUUUCUGUCUCUGUCUUGUAAAAGAUAGAGUACACGAAGCUUUGCUUGCCUAAUAGUAUGCUAGCACAAUUCUUAAUUCGCUUGCCAGCUGACUAUUAUGCUCAAACCUUUACCUUCACAAUAGCCCACGUUCGAUAUAUUAAAAUUAAAAUUCUAACAUGACUCCGAUGCUUUCUGGUGACAUUUUUAUAUUUCGUUUGGUUUUCUUUGUGCUCAAGUCUCUUCUGGGAAUUGCGAGACAAUGGAGUCGUGAAAAAUUUGCAAUUUUGUUCGUAAAGCCUUGGUGUCAUGCUAGAAUUUUUUAUCGAACGAGAGCUAUUCAGACAGAAUUAGAGGCUAAUUAUUUCUCAUUGUAUUGCAGGUAAAUUCUGUUGACGAUGACGUUAGGGUAGAAAUAUUGAGCUAUCGAUCCACCUCCAAUUAUCAUUUGACCUGGUUGGCGUCACUAUUCAGCUUGAAAGGGAUUAUGUUGAUAUUCGGAGUAUUUCUGGCCUGGGAAACACGAAACGUACAUCAUCCUGCUCUAAAUGAUUCCAAGAGCAUUGCUUUGGCGGUCUAUAACGUGUUCAUGUUUUCCUUUUUGGGCUUUGUGGUUACGUUUGCCGUUGAGUACCCUUCUCUCAGGAGUUUGAUUAACAGAUCCGUCGUGUUCGCAGGAACCACUUCUACAAUUUGUUUGUUGUUUGUACCAAAGGUG